UGCAAAUUCUUCAUCAUGCGUGAAUGUAUCUCUCUCCAUGUCGGCCAAGCCGGAGUCCAGAUGGGCAAUGCCUGCUGGGAGUUGUACUGCCUGGAGCACGGCAUCCAGCCUGAUGGCCAGAUGCCCUCAGACAAGACCCUAGGAGGUGGUGAUGACUCCUUCAACACCUUCUUCAGUGAGACGGGAGCUGGCAAGCACGUGCCCCGUGCCGUGUUCAUUGACCUCGAGCCAACUGUUGUUGAUGAAGUCCGUACGGGCACUUACCGUCAGCUUUUCCACCCAGAGCAGCUGAUUACUGGCAAGGAGGAUGCUGCUAACAACUACGCCCGUGGUCACUACACCGUCGGAAAAGAGAUGAUCGAUAUAGUCUUGGACAGGGUCAGGAAGUUGGCUGACCAGUGUACAGGUCUCCAAGGAUUCCUCAUCUUCCACAGCUUCGGUGGCGGCACCGGCUCUGGAUUUACGUCUCUUCUCUUGGAACGUCUCUCUGUCGACUACGGAAAGAAGUCCAAGCUUGAGUUCGCCAUCUACCCAGCGCCUCAGAUCUCCACUGCCGUGGUCGAGCCCUACAACUCCAUCCUUACCACUCACACCACCCUGGAGCACUCCGACUGUGCCUUCAUGGUCGAUAACGAGGCAAUCUACGACAUAUGCCGUCGUAACCUUGACAUCGAGCGACCGACCUACACCAAUCUAAACCGUCUCAUUGGGCAGAUCGUAUCGUCAAUCACCGCUUCUCUUCGAUUCGACGGCGCCCUCAACGUUGAUCUGACAGAGUUCCAGACAAACCUAGUGCCUUAUCCAAGAAUCCAUUUCCCUAUGGCUACCUAUGCUCCAGUCAUCUCUGCCGAAAAAGCUUAUCACGAGCAACUGUCCGUUAACCAAAUCACCAACGCCUGCUUCGAGCCCGCCAACCAGAUGGUGAAGUGCGAUCCCCGUCACGGCAAGUACAUGGCCUGCUGUCUCCUGUACCGUGGUGAUGUCGUCCCCAAGGAUGUCAACGCCGCCAUCGCUACCAUCAAGACCAAGCGUACCAUCCAGUUCGUUGACUGGUGUCCAACUGGCUUCAAGGUCGGUAUCAACUACCAGCCACCCACCGUCGUUCCUGGUGGUGACCUUGCCAAGGUUCAGCGUGCCGUCUGCAUGUUGAGCAACACCACUGCCAUUGCCGAGGCUUGGGCCCGUCUUGAUCACAAGUUCGAUCUGAUGUACGCCAAGCGUGCUUUCGUCCAUUGGUACGUCGGAGAGGGUAUGGAGGAAGGAGAGUUCUCCGAGGCUCGUGAGGAUUUGGCUGCUCUCGAGAAGGACUACGAAGAAGUCGGUACUGAUUCGGUCGACGAAGAAGGAGAAGAAGAGGGAGAAGAGGAAUACUAAGUGCGCAACUUUCAGACGAUCCCUUGUCACAUAAAUAUUAUACUAGAUUUAAUUUCGAUGUCGAUUUUUAACAGUGUCGUAGUCCUACAACUGUAUUUUCCUAGAAAUUAAAGUAGUAUUUUGUCUUUCAUAGACGCCUGUAGGUUACUCUUGUAUUUCUGUAAAGUGAAAAUAAUUUAAUUUAUACUUAGAAUAAGAUGACUAGUU